AUGGAUGACGGCAGCAAUCAUGCGCCAACAGCGCCAGCGCCCGGAGAUCAUCUCCUGGAUGCCGACACCGCCUCCGUGGUCCUGAGCGACACAGAGAAGCUCGUGCUGCAGCUCUACCAUCAAGUGCGCGAACUUGAGCUUGAGCGCAGCUUGCUUGAAGCCCAGCAGAAUGACUCUACAUCGAACGAGAACCUCUCAGAUGACGAAGUCGCUCAACAGCUGAUCAUCGCUGAGCGCGCAGCCAUGGAAGCACGCGCGUCAUACCUACUCCGGAACAACAUCACCGACCAAGUCCUCAUCACGGACCCCGUCAUCAAAGCCGUGCAUGGUGGUUCAACUGCAACUUUUGAAGAAAGACGACUCGCCCCCCUCCUCAACCCCCGUGAUGCCCUCUCCAUGCAACUCUCCCACCAGACCCACCAACUCACCACCAUCGCCACUGCCCUGGCCAGCACCACCAAAGCUCUCUCCGCCGCCAAUGUCAAGAAUGCAGCCCUGGCUAGCACCCUCCUAUCCCUCGCCAAUCCUCCCUCUGCUUCCAUCUCUUCAUCCGCGGUCAACGAAGCUCUCGCCGACGAUCACAAGCUUCGAGAUCAGCUGGUUGAGGCAGAACGCGAUGCUGCGCGCGCCCGUCGACGGUGGCGAAGCAUGAAGGGCGUGGUGGCCGGCAUGGUCGUGGGUAGUGGGGUGGAUUGGGCCGAGGACGAAGCGCUGCGAGAGCUGGUGCUUGAGGAUGAGGACGAUCUGUUGGAGGGAGAGGCGGAAUGA